GCCUCCGUGGUGGCAGCUGGUGCAAGAAAUAGCUAACGUUCAUAGCGCCAGAGCACUAGAAGAAAUCGAUGAAGCUGUUCGCGUUCGUGAGGCGCGCUCGCCGGACAUCGGCCGCGGCGGCGAUGACAGCGGAGCCGAUUCCGGUGCCGGUGGCGCCUGUGUCCGCUGCGGAGAAGCGGCGGCGGAGGCCCUCGUCGGGGCCGUCGUCGUGGAAGCCGACGCUAGUCGCCAUCUCCGAGGACGCUGCGGUGGCCGCCGCCAAGGCCGACGCCGGAAAGGCCAAGGGCAAGGCGAAAGGGAAGCCGGGGGCUGCCAAGGCCAAGGCGAGGCCGUCGCCUCGCUCGCUCCAGCCUGACUACGACGACUUCCGGCGCUUCGGGGCGCCCACGGUGCUGCCGGCGUUCGCGCCCACGGCGUUCCUCUUCUGAGCUCAGGCGACCUCGCUGUGGUGGUGUGCCGUGAUGGCAAGUGACAACGUGGUGCUCAGGCGACCUCGCUGUGGUGGUGUGCCGUGAUGGCAAGUGACAACGUGGUGGUCUGACCAUGAACCCUCUCUGUGUUUGUGCGCCCAAUAUGAGCUCCCAAAGCUGAUGCCUCUACGAUUCCUUCUAGUGCUGGCUUCUCAUGUGAAUAUCUAUGUCUAUUAUUUCGGCUUCCAUCCAACUUGCGUUGCGCCUCUGUUUAGAUCUAUUCUUCACAA